AUGAUUUGGAACGCUCUCUUCAGCGUUAUAGCCAUUCUGCCUCACACAUUCCUCGCUCUAGGUGUCCCAGCUCCAGACAGGGAAGUGACUAGCCGUCAGACGCAAAAUAAAUAUGUUUUCGCUCACUUUAUGGUUGGCAUCGUGGAGAAUUAUCAGCUCGGAGAUUGGGAAGCGGAUAUGACCGCGGCACACUCCAUUGGAAUUGAUGCCUUUGCGCUGAACUGCGCAAGCAUAGACAGCUACACACCAACCCAGCUCGCCCUAGCAUACGAGGCAGCCAAGAACGUCGGCUUCAAAGUCUUCAUCUCCUUCGACUUUGCCUACUGGACCAACGGGGAUACAGCGAAAAUCACCGAGUACAUGCGACAAUAUGCGAGCCACCCAGCACAGAUGCAAUAUGACAGUGGCGCACUCGUGAGUACAUUCGUUGGAGACAGUUUUGAUUGGAAUCCGGUGAAGCAGGGCACGCCACAUCAGAUUCAUGCAUUGCCAAAUCUUCAGGAUCCAGCGGAGGCCUCGAGCAAUGCUGCCAGAGGCGCUGAUGGUGCAUUUUCAUGGUAUGCCUGGCCCACAGAUGGGGGAAAUAGCAUUAUCCCCGGACCAAUGACAACAGUGUGGGAUGAUAGAUAUAUCCAGGACCUUGCUGGAAAGACAUACAUGGCCCCCGUGUCGCCCUGGUUUGCAACUCACUAUAAUUCUAAAAACUGGGUGUUCAUCUGCGAGAAUUUGCCAACAUUACGUUGGGAACAGAUGCUUUCCAUGCAGCCUGAUCUGAUUGAGAUUAUCUCAUGGAAUGAUUAUGGCGAAUCUCACUACAUUGGCCCGUACUCAGCACACCAUAGCGAUGAUGGCUCUUCCCAGUGGGCGGCUGGAAUGCCUCACGAUGCAUGGCGUGACUUGUAUCAGCCAUAUAUUACAGCCUACAAAUCUGGAGCGAAAACCCCUACUGUGGACGAGGAAAAAGUCGUGUACUGGUAUCGCCCCACUCCAAAAGCUGUAAUAUGCACGGGUGAUCAACUACCAGCACCAAACGGCGUCAGCAUGCUAAGCGACAGUAUUUUCGUGGCCACCAUAUUGAAAUAUCCGGCCACUUUGACUGUGACUAGUGGAUCUAAUGAGCCCGUUAGUAUUGCUGUGCCUGCGGGAAUUGUCACCUCAAACGUGACCAUGGGCGUGGGAAAUCAGUCAUUCACUGUGACCCGUGAUGGACAGACAAUUCUCAGCGGCGAAGGGAACCUGGUCAUCAAAAACAGCUGCAUUCACUAUAACUUCAAUGUUUAUGUCGGAUCAAUCACUAGCGAGCUCAAUGGCAUCAAUAACUCGACUGUGAUUACUCCUUCAACUACAAGGGAAUUGAGCUCCUGA